AGUAGGAGGAGUAAAAAGUGAACAAAAAGAAGUCCCAAGUUGAGAAUUUAGGGGAUUAUGAAAUGGAAAGUCCCAUCCUCAAUAGCCCACCAAAAAUACUCCCAUCCCAUCUUCUCCCCUUCACUUUCUUCAAAUUAAGUUGGUGCCACGCCAAAACCCCAUUAAUUUAAUCCUCCAAUUUCCCUCAUCAUCAUCAUCAUCAUCGUCAUGUGGCGCCUCAUCGCAGCUCUUCGCCCUACCCUCCACAACUUCACUAAUAGCCACCGCGUCGCCGACGAGAGCAUGUUCACUACAACUGAAUUCCCCAUCUACGCCGUCGCCAAUCACCACCACCGCCGCCGCCCUGCUGCUCACCGCACCAUCGCCGCCGUCUUCAGCAUCAUUCGUGCCCCUUUCUCUAUCCUCUCUUGCUUCGCUCCACCACCCGUUCACUCCUCCGCCGACACCUUCUGGCUCUCCACCGAUCACUAUUUUGCCUCCACCAUUUCCGAGACCAACCACCUUAUGGUAAGCGACGGCAUGCGUUACGCCAUGUUGAUGUAGAAACAGAACAACACUCACAACAACAACAAAAAA